AUGCAGGUCCGCCUAUUCGGAGUGAUGAGCCUCGUGAUCCUCUGGAUGUAUGUCCCUUCUGCCUCGUUCCUUCGCAACUGGCUUGACGGUCCCGUGCAGUUCCCUGCUACAUCGCCCCUACCUCGCUCUCUUUCCGUGCAGGCCAUAACUCAGAGGCUUUCAGAUACAAAUUCCCCCGAAAACUCUCGAUCCACACCACCACCGCUAACCACUCAAUCCUCUGCUGCAACCUCCUUCAGAUCUCGCCUACACCAGCUAUCAAUCUGGUGGCCUGCUCGUGCAGGUCAUACAUCACUGCCUGUUGUCAAUACUCCCCUCGCGCAGGCUAAAGAGGUGUGCUGGAUUCAUUUUCUCACUGUACUACAUGAUUCAUGGAUCCAUUUAUAG